UUUUUAACCCUGGUGUCCUUCAAGGUAUCUUUGUGUUCCACAUAAGGAAGAAAGGCUUACAUGUUUGAAACAUAGGCUAAAUUGAUGAAAACAGAGUUUUUAUUUUUGGGUGAACUAUCCAUUUAAUGUGUCUGUUUUAGAGUGUUAAACAUGAAUGAACAGAACAAGGACGAAUGUUAAGGUGUUUCCAAGAGGGUUAGAGCACACACAUCCUGGAAGUGACCUGGCAUCCUUGAAGUGACCGGAUUUCCCUGACAAGAGGAAGGAAUUGUCUCAACAGGUUUAAAUGUAUGCAAAGACAUAAUGUGGAAACUGCAAUAGGUUACCUCUGUUUGGUGUUAGUUUCAUACCGUCAAUAUUCUAGCAAAGCAUUCUGGACAAGGACUAUUCCAGGCAGGCGUGAAAACAUAAAAAAAAAAAAUUGAAGUGAGCAUUGACGGUAGGAAAUUUUCGACGCGUGACACUGACUUUGCGGUACUUACGGUAAUGGCACUCUACGUCAAGCGCGUUCAGUCUUGAACACAGUUCCUGUUUACAUUUGCUGUCAAGCGUGAUUGUUUUUCUUUUCAAUGCCGCCUUUAUCGGAAGGAACUUCAGUUUUAUAGCAGUAGCACCUAGGUUAUAAUCGACGUGAGAAGAUCACCAGCAGUCAUAAACAGCUGGUAGCCUAUAUGUCUCACCGUCCCCCUGGCCAAGAAUUGAUGUGUGCAAUCGUCUGAUAUCUGCAAGGGAAGCUAAUGUCUGUGUCCGCCCUGCGACUGAUCCGCGUCCGGAGGUUGAGCAGCAGCACUGCACCUGCUGUGAAGAGAGCACUGCCAUGGAGAGAUCUUAGAAAAAUAGCAAAAGUGACUGGAGCAAUAGUAUUGGGAGGCUGUGUUUUCAUCACAUAUGAGGUGGUUACUCUCAACCAGGCCCUCACUAUUGACACCAGUGCAAUACUACAAGAGAAGCACAAGUCCUACAUCUACCUGACUCACGCCACUAAUAGGGAACAAGAGAGCCUUGCUUCUGGCCUCACUAUCAAGACCAGGAAGGAGCUUCAUAAAGCAGCUAGAAAGUUUCUUGAAAUUACAUCAAGAGUUCUUCGUCACCCACUGGACGAGCGUCUCAGUCAUCUAGACGCAGAUCCUAAUGAAUGUGCGCUAUGGAUGCUGCUGAAAAGAACCUUCUCUGCUGACCGGGCCGUGAGACAGCAGGCUGUGCAGGAACUGGCACAAAAUCAUCACUGGCAGGAUUAUCAAUACCGGACUGCAGCACAGGUGAUAGAUCAGCGCACAUCUGUGGCUCUCGCCCGCACACCUAACGUGGACCUGCGCUUCUUUCUCCCUCCUCCUCUACUGCCACACACUGAUGAUGAUAUAUCAAUAGAAGAGGAACUUAGACAGUUACUGGGAUCUCUGCCCCAGUCGGAGGUGGAUCAGUGUGUGCAGUACUUUACUUCCCUGGCACUUCGAGAGAGCAGCCAAUCACUAGCCUCUCAACGGGGAGGGCUGUGGUGUUUUGGAGGAAAUGGGUUGCCCUACGCCCAAAGUCUCACUUCCACCCCCUCUGAGAAGGUGGAGACAUUCUGCCUGCAGGCCCUGGUCCAGCACUCAAAGGUCCGCAGUCAUUGUGACUACAUUGUUGCUAAUGGAGGACUGCAGCUCUUGCAAAGAGUCUACCAGCUUCGCAGAGACUCUCCAAAAAUUCAGUGCAACAUUGUGCGAAUUAUUGGAAAUCUCGCCCUGAAUGAGAGUGCGCACACAGCCAUAGUGCAGUCAGGUUGGAUGUCUGUCCUGGCUAAGAUGAUCCAGUCACCUCACAUCAUGCAGGCAUCUUAUGCUGCCCGCGCUUUAGCCAAUUUGGACAGAGAUGCAGUAAAGCAGAAGUACCAGGAUGGUGUUUACAUUUUGCACCCACAAUGCCGCACAAACCAGCCGAUCAAAGCUGAUGUUCUCUUCGUGCACGGCCUCUUGGGAGCAGCUUUUAAAACAUGGCGUCAAAAGGACCGUGACGUGACGGAUGAUGACAAGGUGGAAGGGGUCCGAGAGGACUACACUGAAUGCUGGCCCAAGUCUUGGUUGGCUGAAGACUGUCCAAACCUCAGGAUCCUGUCUGUGGAGUAUGACACCCAUUUAAGUGACUGGAAGGCUAAGUGUCCUGCUGAAAACCAAAGGAAGUCCUUGGCCUACAGGAGUCAGGAACUGCUGAGGAAGUUGAAGGAUGCAGGUGUAGGGGACAGGCCUGUGGUCUGGGUAGCCCACAGUAUGGGAGGUUUACUUGUGAAAAAGAUCCUCUUAGAUGCCUCAAAAGAUCCUGAUCUCAGUGCACUGUUCAAGAACACGAAGGGAAUUUUGUUCUACAGUGUUCCUCAUCACGGCACAUUCAUGGCUGGGUAUUCUGUAAAUGUCCGAUACCUCCUGUUUCCUUCUAUUGAAGUAAAAGAACUAUGUAGAGACUCUCCAGCUUUGCGGGACUUAAAUGAAAAUUUUCAGUGCAUUGCAAAGGAUCAAGAGUACAAGGUCCUUAGCUUUGCAGAAACGUUGCCUACAUCCAUUGGGCCAAUGCUCAAAAUUUUGGUAGUUCCUCUCCAGUCGGCAGAUCUGGGUUUUGGGGACCUUAUCCAGGUGGAUGUGGAUCACCUCAACAUCUGCAAGCCAGAAAGAAAGGACACUUUUCUCUAUAAACGCACUUUACAAUUUAUUCGGGAUGCUCUUGGACUCUGACUGAAACUGAAAGGAAGUGCUAAAAUUGCAACUGAACUUUUUUUCAUGAUCCUAACCAUUUCCUAUCCAUUUAUUUGUGAAAUGGAAACACCACUGACCUUUCAUUUUUAUUUUUAAAUUAUUGCCAAUAUGAAUAGGCUUUGUCAAAACAUCUGGGUUUACCUUUUCAUGUUUUGCCCUCUUCACCAUUGCCUUGUACUGUAUUUUGCCUCAAUUAUUUUAAGUGAGAAGCUAUAACAAAAAGAAAUGAGGAUCAAGUUUAUUGUUUACUAUAUCAUGUCACAUUUUAAAACUCAUUUAUAGAAAGUCUGUUUUAUUCUUGGAAGAACAAUACAUAUAUUUAAUAACAGACUAAAAACUAGCCUUAUUUUCUUAACUCACCUGCCUUCUUUGUGUCCCUACCUCCAGUUACAGGUUGGUUGUGAUCUUGGCUGUAAUUUCCCAGUAUUUUUGUACUAAUGUAUUAAUUGUAGUACUUGCAUUGGGACUACUAUGAUUUUGAUGGUGACCGUGCAAGACACAAUAAUUGUGAAAUCUUUAUCACGCUGAAUAAAGCUGUGUAUCCAAA